GAAGAAGAGCAUCUACGGUUGAAGUACUUGGACGAAAGCCAAACUGAGUUGGGUUAAAAAAGUUUUUUGUGCAUAGAAAUGAGUAUAAAUGCUUGUAAAUCAGCUUCUCGAACACUUUACUAACAUUUGAUAAUUUUUUUAAGAUAUGAUUAUUUAUUGCACGCUGACAAUGAAAUUUCAAAUCAAGCUGCAGCUUCAUCAACUGCUUAUGCAUUAACUUCAUCCUCAGCAGUCACAGAACCUGCUUUAAAUACUGUCCCGAAUCAAAUAACAAAUUUUCGUCAGCAUUGUGAAAGUGACAACGAAAUUCAAUUUCAUGAUCAGAAUCUGUUUUCACAGCGUAGUACGACAGUCCCUGCUAAUAUGGAACAAGAUUUUCACUUAAUUGGUAUUCAUGUAUAG